UCAGCCAGCUAAGCCUACUCCUGUUUCCCUCUUGCAUGAUACAUUAUUUGAAGGGAGCUCUAGAUAAGGCAUGUCACAAUAGUUUGGUUUUAUUGUCUGAAGGACUUCACACAGAGAGAGAAAUCGACCAGGAAAUAAAGAACUGGAGAAAUGGAAUUCCCCCUGAAGAAAGUGAAACUAAUGUUUUCCUUGGGCAUGUGAUCGGAGAUUGCGAAAAAUGGGAGAGCUGAGCCUGCAAACAGUCAGAGAAAAAAGGCAAACAGCUGCUUGAGAGGGGUGGGGAUUUAGUGGAGUGGAUAUUCUGCCAAAUCCUUCCCAGUGAAGACCCACUUAAGCAACUUGUUGGGAAGGAAGGUGAAAAACGAGCCUUCAUCUACUACAGAAUUCUACCCAUGUGCAUUUGUUUGGCAGGCUCUUUGCAACCAUGAAGACCUGGAUGAUCCUCAUAUUCCUGGCUACCACAGUGGCAGUCAGCUUUUCCGAGGAUGUGGAGAAAAUACCUGAACCAGACGAAAACAGCAAGAACAGUUGGUUUUCCUACAUAAAAAAUGUAUACGCAUAUGUAAAGGGGGCUUUUAAUAAGGAAAAUGCUGGUGAAAAGAGUAUUACAACAGAUGAAGGAAAAGAAAGGCAUCCUGAGGAAGAGGACACAGCUCAUGUGAAUGCUGCAACUAAUGAAAGACAGGAGGAAGAAAAGGGUGAGAAGGAGGAAAUAGCUUAUGUGAACGAUACAUCUACUGAGGAAGAAGUAGAAAAGCCUGUGAUAGCAUCAACGCAAGCAGAUCCAACCACGAUUCUCACAACACCAGCAGCUACCACAUGCCCACCGCGUAGUAACCCAUGGGCCACAUGUACUAAUCCCACCCCAGAAGAUGACACAAAGUUGGCUGAGGCUCUCACUGAGUUUGCAGUGGAGUUCUACAAAGCUGCCAUCCAGAAUGAGAAGCGCGCCUCCAAUUUUGUCUUCUCACCCUUCAGCAUUUCAGUGAUGUUGUCCAACCUCAUGCUAGGAACCUGUGGUGAAACCACAGACCGUCUUGAGAAGCUGCUCUUCUAUCCUAAAGGCUUUGCGUGUGUCCACAAAGCACUGAAAGCACUCAGCAAAUCGGAAGCCUUGACCUCAGCCAAUGCAAUUUUUUACCAACCAGAAUUUAACUUGGACAGUGAAUUCCGCAAUCUCACAUGGGAAUUCUAUCAAACCAAGAUGUCUCUUCUAAGCAACAACAGUAAUCAGGCUGUGCUUGACAUCAAUGCCUGGGUGAGCAAGCAUACUGGCAACAAGAUCAAGAAGCUCUUGGAGGACUUGGAACCAGAUGCCCAAAUGGUACUUCUCAAUGCCAUCUACUUUCAAGCCAAAUGGAAGACUUUAUUUAAACUGAAAAAUACUAAGGAGGAAGAAUUCUACCGGCCAGGUCUUCCUCCCAUCAAAGUUCCCAUGUUGACAAGCAAGAAAUAUCCAGUGGCUUCUUUCUUUGACCCGUAUCUGCAGGCGAAGGUGGGCCGAUUUCAGAUGUUCCACAACAUGAGUCUGGUGAUCAUUGUGCCUCGAUCCCUGUCUCAGAGCCUCUCAGAAGUGGAGGAGCGUCUCAGUGCAGACGUCUUCAAGUCAGUGAUGGCCAAGCUGGAGAGCAUCCAUUUCAAGCCCACUAUUGUGUCUCUCCCCAAGUUCAAGGUGGACUCUUCCCAGGACCUCACAGAAAUAAUUGGGAGAAUGGAUUAUGGAUUCUUCUUUGAUGCCAAUCUGUGUGGGAUCUCUCCAGACAAAGACUUGGCCAUCUCCAGCGCCCAACACAAGGCUGUGGUGCAAAUCAGUGAAGAAGGGGUGGAGGCUGCUGCUGCCACAAGCGUCUCCUUGGCACGUUCUGCCAAUUUCUUUGAAGUCCAGCAGCCCUUCUUGUUCGCUGUAUCAAGGGAUGGAAAAGCUCCACUCUUCCUAGGACGCAUUACUGAUCCACAGUAAUGUUUUCAUUCUUGCUGUAUCCUGCCUUCCAGCAGUGGGGUUUAGAAACCCUCCAUACUCAGACUAUAUUUUGUAUGCAUUGAGCUUUAUGCAGUGGUCAAUUCAGACAAUGGACCCUUCAGUUCUUCCUUCCUCUUUAUCUCUUUACACAAGGUGGCGCCUUGUGCUGGCUGAACUGCUGACUUAAAGGUUGGGUUGCUGACCUGAAGGUUGGGGUGAGCUCCCAUCAAUCAGCUCUAGCUUGCGGGGACAUGAGAGAAGCCUCCCAGCAACACAUCCGGGCGUCCCCUGGGCAACGUCUCUGUAGACAGCCAAUUCUCUCACACCAGAAGUAACAUGCAGUCUGUUCUCAAGUUGCUUCUGGCAUGAUAAAAAAAAUCUCUUUACACUAUUCUUUUACCCACUUUCUCUCCCUCUCUCUUUUUUAUCCUUUCAUUGUUUCUUACUCUAAGUUGGGUUCAUUACUCUUUGCCACAUUUUUGCAAUUUAUUUGACCUUUGCAGCUGCCAUCCUAGAAGAGACCCACAUUUUCUCAUUGAUGCCAUGUAAGAAAUAGGUAAUUUUUUAAAAAGGAGACCAUGUCUCUCAAGUACUGCUUGUCCUUUUCCUAUGUUACUGCUAUAACAACCUGUAUAAGUUCAGCCUUUUCAGAGUCCUCUGCCUUUGGGAAGAAUAAAGUAUGUCUAUAUUG